UUGUCAUAAUAAACUCGACGCCCGCUCCGCCAAGUUCACAAAUCAAAUUUCACGGCGCGAAGGGUUUGCAGAUAGAUGGAAGUCAUCGGACCCAGAGAUUAGCCACAUUUCGAUGCAAAAUUAUUACAGUUUUUUAUCAAACCAUAUAGAAUUUAUCGUCUAACGUGCGUCUAAUGCUAAUUGAAAAUACAUUUAUGUUGAUGGCUUUCUCGCAAUGCAGGUGGAAUUGGACUUCUCAUUCCCUGUCUUGCUAGCUGGCUACUACUGGCUAGCAAUACAGGUGCAAAUUGGUGUUGCAAGUAAUUCGCGUGCGAAUGACUAGUCAUAUGUUCAAUAAAAUCAGACGAGGAUUGUUGUGGCGAAAGAAUCACGUACAAAAACUGCAUAUUUAACCAAACCGCUCUGGAAAAUCAAGUUACCAGCAAACCGUAUUAUUUUUUUCGCUCCAAAAACUCAACGGGUUUGCUAACGUUACUAGCUAAUUGUAGUAGCAGCAGCCAACUAAUAAUUGGAUCAUUUGGACAAUAACUCGAUUAUUCAGAUCAGGGGCGUCCUGGUUAAGAGGUUUGACUUCAACCACCUGCCUACAUUUAUUAAUUUUAAUACCUAAAUCAAGAUAAUUAAAGUUCAACCAAUCAUGAGGGAGAACAUGAAGGCUGUGAGCCAGCAGCAAGCCAGCCAGCUCUUACACAACAAGUUUGUUGUUGUCCUGGGGGACUCGAUUCAGCGCUCAGUGUAUAAGGACAUUGUGCUUCUGCUGCAAAAGGACAAAUAUCUCAGCUUGGCUCAGCUCAAGAGUAAGGGAGAGAUGAGCUUCGAGCAGGACAUCCUGGUGGAGGGUGGACGGCUGGGUCAAAUGACCAACGGGACGGAAUACCGUGAGGUGCGUCAGUUCCGCUCAGACCACCACCUGGUGCGGUUCUACUUCCUGACGAGGAUCUACUCGCGCUACAUGCAGAGCAUCCUGAGGGACUUUGAAGACGGUCUCAAACCAGAUGUCGUCAUCGUUAACUCCUGUCUCUGGGACGUCUCCAGGUAUAACCCUAAAUGGCACGAUGAGUACCAGGAGAACCUUCAUAAGCUCUUUGACAAGAUGAACUCCAUCCUGCCUCCUGAAUGUCUGGUCAUGUGGAACAUGACCAUGCCCCUGGGGAAGAGGAUCGUAGGGGGCUUCUUCGUUCCUGAGAUAGAGCACAGGGGCCCAACGCUGUGCUAUGACGUGAUCCAGGCCAACUUCUACAGCAGCAAAAUGGCCGACGCCUACGGCCUUGACGUCCUGGACCUUCACUUCCAGUUCCGCUUCUCGCUUGAGCACCGCAUGAAGGAUGGGGUCCACUGGAACUCUCUGGCCCACCGACGCAUCACCACCUUACUGCUGCAACAUGCUGCAGAGGCCUGGGGAGUGGUGCUGCACUGUCCUGCCACUACGAUUGAGCACAUUGAUCAUUCAGAGCAGCAGCAGCUCAAAGCCUGCACAAAAACCAUGACCAAGAACACAGUUGGUGUUAUUCCCUCAUUGCUACACACCUGGCACUACCCACCAGAGCCUCAUUUCAGGAGAACAGACCCCAGGAUGAUGAACCCAGGUCACUGCAGUGUUGCCUGGGCAACGGAGAGGUUUGGACACUAUGACGGAUACGAGCCUCAGGCAAACUAUUUCACUCCCAAUUCAGCAGCUCUAGGAUGGCAUCCUGCUGAGGACUCGGGCCUUGAGCCCUACAGACCAGCUUUGGAUGAACCCUACAGACCUGCUUCGGAUGAACCCUACAGGCCUCUGGAAGGGAAAUACAAUGACUGCGGAGAACAGUUCUACGAGGACGCGCUCCCCAAGUUCGGCGCUGGCUACUUCGGCUUCGAGGAGAACCAAGCCAACAGACCGGUCAACAGACGGCCGACUGCCCCAGUGCAUCACAGACAUCCCCCAGUCAGACACUCACUGAACAACAGAUGCAGUGAAAAUAACAGGAUGGUCCGGAACAGUACUGGACACUCCAGGCCGGUGCAGCAUAAUGAGGCCUACCACCCCAGACCCUACGUCCCUCGCCGUCCUGAGAACAAGUAUGUGAUGAGGAAGAAACAACCCAGGAAGCACUACGCCCCAUACACAUGCCAGAGAUACUGACUGGAAAGUUCUUAUACAGGCCAUGUAGCUCUUUGCAAACUAGGACAGAGCUUUUCCUGGUUGGAUUAGGGGGGGAAACUCCUGGCCCUAAGGAGGGAGUGGCACAUGUAUAUAGUGUUCAAACUCACUGUACUUGCUCAAAGUUAUUUCAUAAUUCUGUCAUUUGCUCUUGCCUCACAACUACAUUCCUAGAGGGCUGUGUUGUCUUCUGCUCAAGAAGGUGUUUUUAUUUUUUACUAUUUUGAGGCUGAAAGGCUGUGACAUUCUGUCAGUCUAUAUCUUAGUAUUUUCUUGUCCUCGUGGGGGUUGGCUGUAUGUUUAGGCAUACUGGAAAAAUGUUACAAUAAAAUUACACUGAUUUAA